AUGUGUGCAGGUGAUCUGCGACCACCUUGGGCUAGGAGUCAAGACGGGGCUGCCCUACAUCUGGCACAGCAAGGCCAGCAACCCGUUCGUGAACUUGAAGGAGUACAAGGGCAUCUUCUGGCAGGAGGACAUCAUCCCCUUCUUCUAGGUCGCGAAGCUGACAAGGAAUGCGACACCGAGCAGAAGUGCUACAUCUCGCUCUCGCAACAGGUCAAGGAGAAGCUCAGCAAGAUCGACCCCUACUUCAUCAAGCUCGCCGACACCAUGGUCAUCUGGAUCGAGGCCCGGGACAUGCUCAACUCCAAGGACUCCAAGGAGGCCCACGCCAACGGCAAGCUCAAGGGGAAGUAG